AUGGCCACUCUUUACCCGCAGGUCGUUCUGUUUGGCGACUCUAUUGUCCGCGGCGCUGCCGACACCCGGGAUGGGUUCUCCUUGCACUCGGCGCUGCAAACGCAUUGCAUCCGCUGCUUCGAUGUGGUGAACCGUGGCUUGGGUGGCUACAACUCAUCGCAGGCGUUGCGUGCCCUGCCGAGCAUAUUCCAACAGGCGUCACCCUCGACGCCCAAACUCUCCUACCUUGUCGUCCUCCUUGGUGCAAACGAUGCCGCCCUGCCUCGAGACAUCGACAACCAGCAUGUGCCCCUCGAGCAAUACAAGGCCAACCUGAGGCGAAUUGUCACUCAUCCCAACAUCCAGGUCCAUACACCCAAGAUUAUUCUGGUGACUCCGCCACCGCUCAAUGGCUUCCACUUGGGCCAACUGGAGCGUCAAACCACACCAGGCGCCACAACGUCUCGACAAGCACGCAUCACGGCACAGUAUACUGAAGCUGCUCGUGGUGUGGCCCACGAUGUACCUAGUGUAGAGCUCGUUGACUUGAAUGCAGCCUUGAUGCAAAGGGCGAUCGAAAAGACGCCUGGGUGGGAUGCAUCGGCGGGAGGGCUGCUCGGCGACGAACAAGACCCGAAGAGCCAAGAAGGGUACUUGCGGGAGCUUCUGACAGACGGGCUGCACUUGACUGGCGAGAGCUACCGUAUUUUCUGGGAUCUGCUGCGGCCGCACAUUGACCUGCCGCCGAAUGCAGGAGACACAACUGAGGGCUUUGUCCUGCCUGACUGGAAGGUCGCACCGUGGAUGGAAGAGGACCUUGGUUGA